GUGAUUCAGUGCUACAGCCACCGUCAAAGAGGAAGUUUGUUAUCGUAACUGCUGCUAACGGCUAACGAACUAGAAAGUAAAUAAGAGUGAGGCGUGAGAUGAAAUAACUAACGCCAAGCUUUAAAAUACUUCACUGUUGCAGCUAUGAAGGAAGAUAAAGAAAAUACUCGCCCUAAGGAAAUGAGGGCUGAAAUCAAGUGUGAAGAUGGUGAAAAGUCUGAGAGGUCAAAGGAAAAGAAAGAGACCAUGACAAAGAUCAUCAUCAGACGAUUACCACCAACUAUCACCAAGGAGGAGCUAGAGGAACAGUUGCAGCCACUUCCUGAGGUGGACUAUAUGGAGUUUUUCUCAAAUGACACCAGCCUCUACCCUCAUCUAUUUGCAAGAGCUUAUAUUAACUUUAAAAAUCAGGAAGACAUUGUAUUGUUCAGAGAUCGGUUUGAUGGAUAUGUAUUUAUUGAUGGCAAAGGGCAGGAGUAUCCUGCUAUUGUGGAGUUUGCUCCUUUUCAAAAAACAGCCAAAAAAAGAACUAAGAAAAAAGAUGCCAAAUGUGGUACAAUAAUAGAAGAUCCUGAUUACAAAAAGUUUCUUGAGUAUUACAAUGGAAAUGAUGAGAAACUGAUAUCCACACCUGAAACAUUGUUGGAGGAGAUAGAAGCAAAAUCCAAAGAACUUGGAAAAAAAUCAACUCCUCUGCUCGACUUCCUAAAGAACAAACAGAGACUGCGAGAGGAAAAGAAAGAGGAAAGAAGAAGAAGGGAACUGGAGCGUAAGCGUCUUCGUGAUGAAGAACGACGAAAGUGGAGGGAGGAGGAACGGAAAAAGCGCAAAGAAACAGAGAAACUGAAGAGACUUGAAAAGACUCCAGAGAAAGACAAGGACCAAGUCAAAGAUGAACCUAAAAUCAAGUUACUCAAAAAGCCAGAGCGUUCUGAUGAUGGGGAUGGUGAAAAAUCUAGAGAAAAGGUCAAGAGACCAGAGAGGCCAAAUAAAGAAGACCGACCAGUUGUAAUUGCUGACCAGAAGAGGCGUCAUAUCAAUGACCAUAAGGAGGAUCGAGGAAGAAGAGAUGAAGAAGGGAGAAAAGAAUACAAAGAUCAUGUGGAUCGCGACAGAGACCGAGAUAGGGAUCGAGAAAGAGAGAUGCGAGACAGAGAGAAAGAACGGAGACUAAAAGAGAAGGAGCGCCUUAGGCGUCAGGAUGAUGAGCGCAGAAGGCGGAGAGAGCGCCAAGAUGGGGAAAAUGCGUACAGAAAGCGAGAAGAUGAUUUUAAAAGGGAUAAAGAGCAUGGCACAGAAAAGAAAAAGUUAACAAACAUGGCAGACUCUCCUCAGAAUGAAAAAUCCACUAAAGAAAGCAAGAAGGAGGAUGGUGUUAAAAGAGAGCGUCUACGGAACAAGGAUCGUCCAGCUAUUCAGCUGUACCAACCUGGAGCUCGAAGCCGUAAUCGUUCCACUGUGACUGGAGCUGCUGACCCUACAGACAAGAAGGCUGAUAUUGAAGCCACAAGGGUCCAAGACAAAGGAAAUGACUGAGGGUCAUAGCACCCACCUUCUCUGCAGAAAUAUGUCAGCACUAUUAGUGGUUGAGCAUUUGAUAGUCUCCCAGUCUGAACUUGAUCAUGUGCUUGUAUUAGUUGCGAGAGGUUCUAAUUGUGUUGCAAAAGGAUAGAUAUAGCCAAACACACAUGGACAGUGAAGAGAAGUGACCAUAAAGUGACCUUACUUCAGCAUGGUGUCAUAUGAAACCAGUAACAUAUUGCAUCCUUUGUUCAUGGUUAAAAUACCAUAGAGUUGUGUUUCAUAUUAACUCGAGUAUUUCAAACUCUCCUAAUAAGUCUUGUUAUGCUCAGGUUUAGUUCAAAGACUAUGCAUUUAUGCCACUUGUUGCUGCUUGAUGGCAAACUAUGUAAAUGUGGUCAGGAGAUAAUUUUAGGCUAAUCCAACAAUGGCAUUUUCUAUUGUAAUCCAUAACUGAUGCUCCUUUUUCAAAUCUGUAACUGUCUAUACUGAACACAUGCUGACAACUUUUUUUUUUUAAAUAAUAAAUCAAUAAUUAUUUAUAGAU